CGAAAGGUAAUCAAUAAUCGCCGGUAGCUGGAAAAUUUCUGUUGUAGAUUAGAUUGAAAAUGUCUGAACGAGAUGUACUGCACCCCGUGGACGUGAAUAUCAGCAUUUCGUCGCCACGAAAACGCGCCAGAUUCGAUGAAGCAAGCUCUGAACAUGAGACAAAAGGUAUCAAUAUCUCAAGCCUAACGAUCAGAGAAGAAGUAAUUCAGGAAGACUACGAUCAUGGAAUGGACCACCUAAACUGUGACUCCGAAGAUUUAGUUGGCAAAAAUGGUGCUAUAUCUACCCAAAACGAUGCAGUUGGAGUUGGCGCAUCUUGUUCCUCCACGACACCCGAUACUAGUGGCAAACAAUUGUCCAUCUUGUCUUCAACGUUAACUAAAGAAAGUUUGGAUAAAUUAUCAGCCAGUGAUUGGGAUAGGUUCCAAACCAAUAAACCCGUCAUUAGGGCGAGCAAUGAGACUAACAAUUUCGAUCUCUUGAGUGACGAAGUUAUAUUGCUAAUCUUCAAAUGGUUGCCUAAAAACUCCUUGCUUGAGGUAGGCUUGUGCUGUCGAAGAUUUUACGGAUUAAGUCAAGAUGACAGCUUAUGGACUCGGAUGGACGUUUCUAAAAGAACCUUAGAAGACGGUAAACUUGGAAUCAUUUUAAGCAAACAAGUUAUUGUUUUAACACUGGCCGAAACAUACAUUAUGCAGAAGCCCGUAUUACCUGGCUGCAAAGCUUAUAAUCCGGACUUCAGAUGUCGUUUAUUAUACUUAGAUUUGAGUUUGGCGAACAUUAAUAUUGGUAAUCUGAUAUUUUUAUUCAAUAAAUGUAAUAGGCUGAAAAAAUUAAGCUUGGAAGGUGUCCCUCUAAAUGACGACGUAUUAAUAGCCUUAUCGGCCAGUAAGGAAAUCGAAGUUAUUAAUUUUGCCUUUUGCGGGGGCAUACAACGGAAUGGCUUGAAAUAUUUGCUCGCCAAUUGCAGACAGAUCAGGGAACUUAAUAUUGGUUGGAACUAUUUAACUUAUCAAAGUAUCAAGUAUAUUUGUGAAAAUUUACCUUCCACAAUUAACCGGAUGAAUUUUUCUGGAUGUAGAAAACUCAUGACGGACGAACAUGUUGCUAGUUUGGUAAAAAGUUGUCCGGAAUUACGCCAAUUGGAUUUGUCCGAUUGUACUUCCAUAACAAAAGAAUCCGUUAGGGAAAUAUCUUACUUGGUAAAUCUAACCGCUCUGGACUUUUCCAGAUGCUACAGGAUCCCAUUUAAAUCGCUAAAGUAUUUAAAAAAAUUGCAUAAUUUAUGUUUUUUGGAUAUUCAUACAUAUUACACUACUUUGGCUGAGCUGGCAGAGGUAAAAGAAUACGUGGGUGGUUCCGUGGUGAUUAACGAGAUGACAUUGAGCACAAUAGCACUGCCAACUGAGGAUGGGCAAAGAUCCAGCAUAUGGAAUAUGAGAGUGAGAGAUUCGGAUGGCUCGGAUUAGUUAGUUAUCUUGAAUCUUGAAUUUUUGAAUACCUACAUAAUUUAACGGGUAAAUUUCUUCCUUUGAUGUAUUUAUGUUGGGUGAACUCUGUGGGUAUUGAAAGAAUUUUUUUUUGCUUUUUCGAGUAUUUUGCUGAUUAAAUUUAGUAGGUAUUCAAUACCAUAUUAUAGAAUUAUUUAAUACCUACAUAUUUGUUUUGAGUUGAUUAUAUAAUAAAUUUGAUUUACAAUA